AUGGACGAACUGCCUGUACUGGACACCCUGGUGGCCAACACAGCCUACCUGAAGGCGCAGCAGAUAGAUUUAAAUGAGCUGAAAAAGCGGAGGCUCACGCUGACACUGCCCAAUCCAAAGAAGUCUUCUUCUCUGCAGGCCGCUGUAGGGAAGAAUUUCGAGUCACUGUGUGAGCAACAGCCUAUUGGAAGGAAAUUGUUCCAGCAGUUUCUCCUGUCCUCUAACCCGCAGUAUGUGGCUGCCACUGAGUUCCUUGAGGAGCUGAAUAACUGGAGCUUUGCUGAAGAUGAAAUCAGAGAGACUUCCAAACAAACAAUCCUCACUAAGUUCUGUCAACCUGAGUCCAGGAGUUUUCUCUCCUACCUUACAGGAGAGGAUGCUGAGAAAUGCAAGGAUUUAUCAGACAAGAACUUUGAUGACGUGACGAUGGGCCAGAUGAGAGAAGCCACAAGGAAUUUCCUGAAGGGAAAACCUUUCUCUGAGUACCUGAAAAGCCCCUUAUUUUAUAGGUUCUUGCAGUUUAAGGAGUAUGAGAAGCAGAAGAUUGAUGACAAAUACUUUUAUGAGUUUAGGACUUUGGGAAGAGGCGGCUUUGGUGAGGUAUGUGCGGUGCAGGUGAAACACACAGGCCAAAUGUAUGCCUGCAAGAAGCUGAACAAGGCUCGUCUGAAGAAGAAAGGUGGCGAGAGGCUGGCCCUCCUGGAGAAGCAGAUCCUGGAGAAGGUCAACAGCCUUUUCAUUGUGAACCUGGCUUACGCUUUCGCCAACAGAACCCACCUGUGCCUGGUCAUGGACCUCAUGAUCGGAGGAGACCUCAAAUUUCAUAUCUAUGAGCUUGGUGCGCGGGGUAUCCGUAUGGAGCGUGUUGUUUACUACGCGGCCCAGAUAACCACUGGCAUCCUCCACCUGCACUCCAUGGACAUUGUGUACCGGGAUAUGAAGCCUGAGAAUGUACUGCUGGAUGGAAAAGGACAGUGUCGACUAUCAGACCUCGGAUUGGCCGUGGAGAUGCCGAAGGGCAAAAUGAUUUGCCAAAAGGCUGGUACGACUGGCUACAUGGCUCCUGAAAUCCUGAAGCAGGAGUAUUACCGCACGUCUGUGGACUGGUGGGCGCUGGGCUGCAGCAUCUAUGAGAUGGUCGCUGCCCGUUUGCCCUUUAAAGACUUCAGAGAAAAGGUGCAGAAUGAGGAGGUUACUCGCCGUACUCUGGAGGACGACUGCAAGUUUGAACACAAUAGCUUUGAUGCUCCCACCAAAGACAUUAUCAGCCACUUUCUCAAGAGGAAGGUGGAGCUUCGGCUGGGGUGUCGUGGUGGUGACCCAAGAAGCCACGCUUUUUUCAAGAGUAUCAAUUUCUAUCGUCUGGAGGCGGGGCUGGCGGAGCCCCCCUGGGUGCCAAAGCCCAACGUGGUCUACGCCAAAGACAUGGACAAAUUCAUGCACACCUCCAAGGUCCAGGACGUUGCGCUUGAUGAUAAGGAUGAGAAGUUUUUCAGGGAGUUCAGCACAGGUGCCGUCUCUAUCCAGUGGCAGAAGGAGAUGAUUGACAGCGGAUUGUUUGACCAGCUGAACGACCCCAAACCGAAUGGACAUGCCUCUGAGACUGUGUGGAAAUCCAGCAUGUGCAUCAUACUUUAAACAUCUCAUCGCCUGACUAACAUGCAAAGAUGAGAUGAAACAACAAUGCUUCUGAAUAGUUAAGUGCCUGGCUAUAAUACCGCAGCUCAGGAACCAUAAGCCCUUAAAAUAUUUUUUAACAACAACUUUUUUUUACAAAAGAGGAAUCAUCUUAGAAGUUGGAUGGACAGAAACAUACACUGACAUUGAGCUGCAACUGUUUCUUUAUGCUUGCCCUCUAUUCCUGGUGAGACAGCACAUCCCACAGCAUUCAUAGUUUCCAUUACAUCACUCUGCCAUUUUGGCAGGCCUAAGUGUUUACAUGUGUUUGUAAACAAGCUACAUAAUGGUUAUAUGUCACUGAAUGGCAGCAGGAUCAUUACCAGUAUUUGCAGAAAUGUGCCACAUUUGUAAGGAAGACUGAAGUGUCACAGAAAGGCCAUGAAAGCCUCCUGCUAAGAUGAAUGGACAGUGUCAUGUGACCUCAGUGCUGCAGACUGAUGUGAAGUCGCUCAAUAGCACAAGUUCACCACUAAGUGCCGCCAGACACCCAUGAAGUGCAUUCAACCUCCCGCAGCGCUCCUCAUCAUCCCUGUUGUCCUGGCUGUGCUGCUCUGGUAUUUACAAGCACUGGAUGACUCGUUCGGCUUUAACAAGGGGAUGCUGGGAGACAAACUGUCGUAUACACAUAGUUUUUCCAUUUAAAAAAACAAAAAACAUCUUAAUAUAGAAUUUUUGGCAUUAAAAAGGCAAUGCCAACCCUUUUAUUACCCCCCCCCCCAAAUCCCCUUGUGUUUACAAGCUAUACACAACCUAAGUAAGAGAUGUUAACAACUUAUAACUUAGCAACAACAAACAACAUAGGUUGUUUUUUAAAAGCUACCGAUUUAGCCUUCACAGAUGGUUCGUUCUUGUAUCCAUACAGUGUGGAUUACUUUUCCUACUGCUCAGGUAGUGGGAGAUCAUCUGUGUCCAACUGUUCUUAAAAGUUUCAUUUCAGAUUUUUCAUCCCCAGAUGGAUGACAGUGACUACUUGUUUUACUUGAGAAGAUAAGGAGAUUCUUUUUUUCUUUAAUGUAUUUUUGCCUUUAUUAUAGCGAGCAGAGAGAGAGGAGAAAUAACAUGUGACAAAGGUGUCUUAUUUCUGACUUAACUCACUAAUUUUACCUGUGUUUUACAUUGUUUCAUGCCCCCAGGUCUUAAAAUGAAGAUGUAUUAUGUAACGUAAUGCAUUUCUUUUUAGUUUUACACAUAACUCACAUAUAGAGCUACAUUGUUUGUAUGUAACAGUGCCAAUGAUAUUUUGUAACAUUUAAAUGUCAUUUCAUACUCAUGAUGUUUUCUACUAUUUUCUGUGGGAUGUUUUGGCUUGUAACGUUUUAUAUUGUUGUUUGUGAUACUUCGCUACCAUGCAGUUGAAAUGUUUUUCACAACAGUGAUUUCUGGUCUUCUCUG